GCGUUGCAUUGAAUCAAUUUUUGGACACAAAGGAAGCAUGUCAUUUUCGUUCGUAGCAGGCAACAUCCAUGGUUUUCUCUUUUGCAUUAAGGGCACACCAAAUUGCAGGGAGAAAGGGGGCGGGAAGGGGCAGUGAAUGCUCGUUGAUUUCUUUUCUGUUUUGUUUUCAUUUUUCUGUUGCAAAAGAAAGAAAUACGAGAAAGAAAUAUUCACUCACCUUCUCCAUGUACCCUCUGCAUACUGCAGGGCAAUUUUUUUUUACUCUUACAAUUAGUCGUGACAUUGAUGAGGAAACGAAUAGAGGCGCAACUAUCUGGGUCAACAAUGAAGCUGGUUGGGGAGCUACAACAUGGAGAUAACUACUUAGACACUGAUGAUGACGUCUGGCAUGAAGACGAUGGUGGGCAAGAUAAGGAUGACGUGGUCAACUACUAUGCCAAUAUUUGUGCAGUUUGCGAGGAUUGCGAAAUCGAAAGUGAGAGGAGUUGGGAAGUUGUCGUGCCACGGCGGGGCAAAGCUGAGCAUACGGGGGGGGAUAGUGGAUGGUGGGUUGACGUGAUGGUUGAUGAUGAGAGUGUCGAUGCUCACAGUGACUUACAUCGGCAUCAGGAUAUCGAAGACCAACCUGGAGGGUGGGAGCGCUUGAAGCGGGGGAUGGAGCGCAGCCAUCGCGUGGUGAAUCCGAGGAGUUGGAAACGACGUUUCGUCGUCUUGACAGAGGAAAGGCUCAGCUUCUACAAGUCGGAUCGGCCGCCAGGAAGUCCCCAAAAGUCCCGUGGGACAGGUGGGACUGGGCUAGCGCGCUUCAUGUGUGGAGUAGGCGGCUUUGGCGUUCCAUUUGAUGACACGCCUUUUCUGAAGAUUGCCCGGUGCACUGUGAACAUCGAUUCCGCGGUUGAAAAUGGAGGGUCGGGGUCGGGAUCGGGAUCGGGAUCGGGAUCGGUUACUGCUGCAUCAGUAGCCAUGCCGGAUUCAUUCGGUGCAAGCUCCAUAAUUUCUAGCGGUGUACUGGUGGCUUCUAACGCCUCAGCAGUGGCAGUAGCAGUAGCAGCAGUGGGGACCACCACGCAGGCAGCAGCACCUUGUUCCCAUUCAGAGGCAGGUGGUGGGCGGGGUUUACCCGGGGCAACGAAAGGGAAUAAUGCUGCGCGGGCCCCAAGAAGGCCUUGGGGUUCAAUUUGGUACAACCCUAAGCCGGCACAGGAGGAAGCUAUUUCUGGCGUGCUCUUCACCAUUGUGCCCUCCAAGGGUCGGUACUGGGAACUGCUGGCUCCCACCAAGGAUGAGGCUCAUAAAUGGAAGUGGGCCAUCGACAAACAAGUGGUCCUGGUUUCGCUGAAACAGCCCGCCCCCUGUCACAAGCUCGGAAAAGGGGCUAAAACUAAAACAACCCCUUCACAGGAGGAUCAGGGUGACUGUAAUUUGCCAAAGCGUGAGGCGGGGAAGGAGAGGCCCAAUGCAAGCUUUGAAAUUACCCUCACUGAUGCUGAUUUGCAGGUUUUAGGGGUCGAUACCAGUAAGUUGAACAAGGCUGGGGGGGGGAGGGGGGCCCAACUGGGCUCUUUUCUAGGAGAUAAUACUUCGUCAGUGGGAGGCACCUGCAUUGAAGGAGGAGGAGGUGGUUGUCGGAUUGUCUGGAGCGAUGGACCGCAGUCGGUUCGUCCUCUCUGGCCUGACUUGGAAACCUGCCAAGGGUGUAUCGAUUUCCUCAAGUCUAGCUGCCUGAAUGUGCCCUGCUUGCAACGCACCUCUAAGCUCUUGGACGCUUUCAACCGCGCCUACGACAUGGGCGCUUCCACCAUCCCAGCAGAGGUUAGGCUGCAGACGUGGAAGGGGACAAUCCGCAACAUUGUCAGGUCCUUUGUGGAACAGCUGCUUGAGUGCAAUCCGACCCUCGGGACGUGCCGGACUUACCCUCCGCAUAUGGAUCAGUUGCGGAUGGCGGCGGAGACGUGGGUCAUGUCUUGUGUUCACGACAAGAUAAUGAGUAACAUCAUAGAGAUGAACGCGGGCAAGGAGAGGGAGCUCAGACGGACUCUGGCUAAGCUAGAUAAGGUGGAUCCUUCAAAAUUAGGAGUAAGAAAGGAGCAUGAGGAAGCCAUUCUUGUGGAGGCCAUGCGGUGCUUCCGGUGUUUGAACCUUGCACGAACACCCAUUGAGAAGGUGAUUUGCCUGCAGCUCACCUCGAAGCGUAUUAUGGAAGGGAUUCAAUCCGUAAUCAAAGCUCACAAGGGCGACGACAAGGAGAACUUGCUUCCGUGCACGGACGACUUUGUCUCUCUGCUCAUUGUCCUGAUGGCAAAGGCUAAGGUCCACAACUUGUUGGCCAAUGGCUGCUUCAUGGAUGAGUUCUGGGAACUGAGCAAUCCCUUAGGUCACAGCGGGGAGCGCGGCUACCACCUGACGAACUUCAGAGCGGCGGGGGAAUACCUGCAGUCAGAAGAAAUCAGAAACCUGUGUGCAUCUAUACCUGAUCCGCUUCCGGGGACCAUCGAGUCCGAAUACGUUGCUGACGAUGAGCGUGGGGGCAUGUGUGUGAACCACAUUGUGCCAGGGGCCCUUGUGUGCCAGCCAGGUCAAGGGCUGGUGGACCCCUUGUCUCUGAGAGCGCUCCGCAGCAUGUCUGCAAAUUCACGGAGUCACGUCAUCAGCAGCAACUUUGCAAGGGGGGUUACAACCAACACCAGUAGCAAAUGGAACAACCUGAAGGUGGAUCCCUCGAGAAAGGCAGCACCAUCUCCGCCCUCUCCGGGAGGGACUGCGAAAGGAGAGCCAGUGGGCGCGAUCCGUGUAGCGGGGGCGGUAGCAGACAAGCUGACAAGGUGCCAUGGCUCCUUCGAGCUGCGGGUGAACGAGCUACUCACUGCUCCUGGCUUGACUGCAAAUCCAGGCCAGCUGCUUGGGCACAGUUGUGGAAAUCAUGGAAGUGCAGCCAAGAAGGACGGUGGAGUUUCGCAUUUGCAACUUAUUGAAGCUCUCACUUUGGCACAGAUUAGGCAGUACUUGGGAUUUCAGACACCUACUCCAGUGCCAGCCAAAGGGGUGGGUGGUGGUGGCACCAAUCCGGCUCCUCGGCUGGUAGCAGCUGCAGGCGGUGGCCAUCGCUAGCAGCAGCAAUGUGUGCGAUGCGAGGCGACAGAUACAAAGAUGCCAAGAGCAAGACGUCACGUCUUUACGUGCAAAAUGCAAAUAAUGUUGACACUGGCAAAUAAUGUUGCUCCAUAGACUUGGGACUCAUGCUGCAUGAACCAAGUGCUGCUGGGUCGGACUCUGCUCCUGCCAUGGAGAUGGUGGUGACCAAAACUGAUUGAGAAUUCUGAAGCCGGGCAGGGGGUGCAAGGCGGAGGGGUUAAGACUGUGUGCCAGGGGGAGGGGUUGAGGCUGUGAAGGUAUUGUCAAGCGCAAGACGUCAUGUCUUUACAUG